GUUUAAAAAAAGAGAGAUCUGAUCAUAUGACCAAGUCAGCUGAGCUGACUACGCGGAAGUACGGAAACUGAGAUGAAAUGUCUACACUGCAGUUACUGAAUAAAAUACCAGCCGUUGAAUGUCUAAAAUUUUUGCAUCGGGUGGUGGAUGGGCUGUGUGGAAGAAGCUAUCCAAAGAGAACGGACUAUGGUGACAGGUGGACUCUGACGCAAUGGUCCGAGCUGCUGGAGGCCCUCUCAUCCCUCUUCAGGGUGCUCGUGGGAAAGAAGUGCUCAGACACGGAAUUGCUCUCGGUGCUGGAAGCGACCCAUGCAGAGUGCAUCUCGCAGUGUGUGAAGAGCAGACAGGAGGAGAUCCACCAGGCUCUUGUGGACAGAACCAACGCCAUCUCCAGCACCCAGCUCCAGGACUUCGACUGGCAGAUGAAACUGGCCCUAUCAAGUGAUAAGCUUUCGCUUCUGCACACACCUCUCCUCAACCUCACACUGGACGUGAAGGAGAACGGAAAACCACGGCCUGUUACCAUAGAGAUGAACCGAGAGGAGUUACAGACUCUCAUUAGUGCCAUGGAGGCUGCUAACAAGGUGGUACUACAGCUGAAGUGAGUUAUCAAAGUGAGUCACCCUGACAGUUGAGACAUCACCCCCCUGGUGGCCGGAGUGAUGACAUCAUCAUCAUAGGACGGCAGCCCGCGGAGAGUAGCAGAGAGCUCCAGCAUUGUAUCAGUCCACACAAUGCAGCCAGAACCUUUCCUGGACUCUCACUUGAGCACACACAGACAUAUCUCAAUAGCCUCAUGACCUAAUUGGUUUUUGCAGAACAUUGUGGAAGGUGUAUGUGUGUGUGUGUGUAUACACAAGGAGUUUGUUUAAGAUUCUGAGGGUUUGAAACAAGUUUGUCUGCAGAAUAUGUGUAAAAGUGUGAGAGAGUGCAUGUUUUUUCUUGUACAAUGUUUUUGUGGGACUGCUGAAAAUGUUUUUUUUUUUUUUUUGUAAACCAUACAAUAAAUGAAAGGUCCC